AGUUACUCAUGUGCUACGUGCAAUUUGGAUGGUGGAUUGUCCUCAUCCUUUAUAGUUAUGCUAUUGAUAGUUCUCAUUAUUGAAUUUGGCUCAAAAUCUGAAUUGUAUCCGAAAUAAUAUCCAACUUAUAUCUGUAUUUGAAUAGAAAAGAUAUCGAUACAAGAAUUGUCCAGCUUGUAUCUAUUUUCAUUUAAAACAAAUGGGCAUAUGCUUAAUAUUUGAUUCAUAUUUGUCCUAUUUAGAACAAAUAUCGAUACUAAUUUGGGAUCCGUUUACUAUCCGUAUCGAUAUUCAUAUCCGCGGGAAAAACAUGGGUACUUCUAUGGAUAUACUAAUUUCCGAUCUAUAUCCGAUCUAUUUUCAACCUUAGGCAUAUUGCACUGAUACUCUGUAUGCCCAUUACCAAUCGGAUGCUAGUAUGGGUAGUGGCACCAGUACUCAAACCUUGAUUACAGCAUUUACUUCCUUUUCAUAUGUACAACUUUGAGUACACGCAUUAAGCAAUUAUUUUCAGCCUCUUGACUUUUUUACUAUCAACUGCUGCAGUUCUUUGACGGUUUUGGUUAUCAUGGAAGUUCUUUUGAGCAGACAUACCGUUGCUAUUCUGCAUCUUUUAUUGAUAAGCCCCAUCUGGAGAGUGGUGAUAAAAUUAUAAUGCCUCCCUCUGCUCUUGAUCGGCUUGCAUCCUUGCACAUCGAUUAUCCAAUGUUGUUUGAACUUCACAAUGCUGCAACGGAACGGGUUUCACAUUGUGGAGUUCUAGAGUUUAUUGCAGAAGAGGGCAUGAUUUACAUGCCAUACUGGAUGAUGCAAAAUCUUCUUUUACAAGAGGGAGAUACUGUGCAUGUCAAAAAUGCCACCCUCCCUAAGGGUACAUAUGUGAAACUGCAGCCUCACACGAAAGACUUUCUAGAUAUCUCAAACCCCAAGGCCAUCUUGGAGACAACUUUAAGGAGCUUCUCCUGUUUGACUACAGGUGAUAGUAUCAUGGUAGCUUACAACAAUAAAAAGUACUACAUAGAUAUUGUGGAAACAAAACCUGCUUCUGCAAUUAGUAUCAUUGAGACAGACUGUGAGGUGGACUUUGCACCUCCCCUUGAUUAUAAAGAACCUGAACAACCGCAACAACCUUUAAUUCCUCCCAGCCAAGCACCAGUUCAAGUUCAAGAGGCUGAAGCUGAUGCUGAACCAAAGUUCAGCCCCUUUACUGGCAUUGGGAGGCGGUUGGAUGGAAAGCCUUUAAUGCAUCAAGAGCCAACCAUCUCUUCUUCUGUAGUGAAUGAUCAGAUGGAAGCACCAAAAGAUGCGAAUCGGCACUCAACAACACCUACACCACAAAGUAGUAGUUCUGCACGUCAACCUGUGGGAAAGCUUGUCUUUGGUUCAAAUGCAAACCAUGCUCCAGAAGAAGCACAGGUGGCUACAAAAGAAACAAAAGCAGAAACUCCCAAGGAAGAAGAGCCCAAGUUCCAGGCAUUUACUGGGAGGAGUUACUCAUUGAAGGGUUAAUUAAGUGUUCACUGUAUGUCUUGUCUUUUCAUGAAUCGAAAAUGUUCUUUUCACACGAGAUAUGUUUCAUAAUUUGUUUGCACACCAAGGUUUCCUCGAUAUAUAAAUAUUUAUCUUCACAUUGAAACUGGUGCAUUCCAGUUUUCACCAAUUUGUGAAUUUCU